AUGAAAGAAUUAAAAAUUUAUCUAAGUCUUCUGUUGAUACUACAGAAAUUAGACCCCCCCUUUCCUGAAAGAUUGAGAAAAGUUGAUAAAACGGUGGAACUAGAUAAAGAGUUAUUGGAUAUUUUUAAAAAAGUAGAGCUUAAUCUUUCUUUAUUAGAUGCAAUUAAGCAAGUACCUCGAUAUGCCAAAUUUUUAAAAGACUUAUGCACUAAUAAAAGAAAAUUAAAAGGUAAUGAAAGAAUUAUAUGUAGUGAAAAUGUUUUUGUGGUGAUUCAAAGAAAACUCCCACCAAAACAGAAAGACCCUGAAAUUUUUGCAAUUCCAUGUACUAUAGAAAAUUCAAUGAUUGAUAAAUGCAUGUUAGAUUUAGGAUCAUCAAUUAAUGUCAUGCCUAUGUCUAUAUACACCUCUUUAGAUCUAGAACCUUUACAACCGACUGGAAUUACAGCUCAAUUAGCUGAUAGGUCAAUUGUUUAUCUCGAAGGUGUAAUAGAAGAUGUGUUAGUUAAAGUUAAAGAUUUGGUGUUUCCAGCAGAUUUUUAUGUACUUAAAAUGGAAGAUGAUUAUAGCCAAUUAUCUAAUUUCUCUCCUAUAUUAUUAGGAAGACCUUUUAUGAGAACUGCUAAAACCAUUAUAGAUGUACACAAUGGUACACUUUCUAUUGAGUUUGAUGGUGAUAAAAUAUUCUUUAACAUAUAUGAGGCUAUGAAACACCCAUUUAAUGAAAUUUCUUCUAUUUGUACUAUUGAUGUUAUUGAUUCAUGCGUUGAGGAUAUAAUUGAGUAUGAUUUAUAUGACGGUUUGCAUGUAUCUUUAUGUUAUGGCUUAAAAGAAAUAGAUAAUGAUUUAAUAAGUCUUGCUUGUGAUGAGGAUUAUCAUGACAACCUUUCUUGGUUACAGUCUUCAACUUCUAGUACUCAUCCACUAUCAGAUCAAGUUAAACCAUCUGUUGAAUUUUCUCCUGAGUUAGAUUUAAAACCAUUACCGAAGCAUCUUAAAUAUGUUUAUUUGGAGAAAGGUGAAAAAUUACCUGUUAUGAUUGCAAAUAAUCUUAAUGUGUCUCAAGAAGAAAGAUUGAUUAAUUUUUUAAAAGAAAAUAAAAUGGCAAUAAGAUGGACGUUAUCUGAUAUUAGAGGAAUUAGCCUUUCUACUUGUAUGCAUAAAAUUAAUUUAGAAGAAGGAGCUAAAGCAUCCAGAGAAACACAACACCGUUUAAAUCCCCAUAUGAUGGAAGUUGUUAAAAAGGAAAUUCUUAAACUUCUUAGUGCUGGAGUUAUUUACCCUAUUUCAGAUUCAGAAUGGGUUAGUCCUAUACAUGUGGUACCUAAGAAAACAGGAUUAACUGUAGUAGAAAAUAAAGAAGGUGAAUUAGUUCCUACUAGAGUACAAAAUGGAUGGAGAGUGGCUUAUAUUAUUGAAGUUUUUAUGGAUGAUUUUACUCUUUAUGGCGAUUCAUUUGACCAAUGUUUAGAAAAUUUGAACUUAGUUCUUAAAAGGUGUAUUGAGACUAAUCUUGUGUUAAAUUAUGAAAAAUGUCACUUUAUGGUGGAACAAGGUAUAGUCUUAGGACAUGUAGUUUCUUUUAAAGGAAUAGAAGUUGAUAAAGCAAAAAUUGAGGACAAAAAAAAAGGACGAGAUUCUCAUGUGAUUUAUUAUGCUUCUCGUACUUUAGAUGAUGCACAAUGUACUAAGGUAAUAGUUUAUUCUGAUCAUGCUACACUUAGACAUUUAUUUAAAAAGAAAGAAUCUAAACCUAGACUGAUAAGAUUAAUUCUAGAUGAUAAUUUAUCUUCUCCUCUAAGUGUUGUUUUUCCAGAUGAGCACAUAGAAUUUAUCACGUGCUCAAAAGAUAAAUUAAGGCAUGAAGCUAAGUCUUAUAUUUGGGAUGAGCCUUACCUGUUAAAGAUUUGUUCAGACCAAGUGUUGAGGCGUUGUGUGCCUGAUAAUGAAAUUAAGUCAAUUUUGAGUUUUGUUCAUUUGCUUGAAUGUGGUGGACAUUUUGGUGGCCAAAGAACUGCACAUAACGUAUUAGAAAGUGGAUUUUAUUGGCCUACAUUGAAUAAGGAUGCACAUCUCUUUGUGAAAACUUGUGAAAGAUGUCAAAUGACUAGAAAUAUAUCUAAAAGAGAUCAAAUGCCCUUACGUUCUAUUAUAGUGGUUGAAAUAACUGAUGUUUGGGGUAUAAAUUUUAUGGGUCUAUUUCCUCAGUCUAAUGGUAACCUUUACAUUCUUUUAGCUGUUGAUUAUGUAGAAGCAAAAGCUACUCGUACAGAUGAUGCUAAAGUUGUAUUGGAGUUUAUUAGAUCACAAAUAUUUAAUAGAUUUGGAGUACCAAAGGAUUUCAACCGCAUACCAUCCCCAAACAAGUGGACAAGCAGAAAUUUCUAUAGGGAAAUAAAAAGUAUUUUGGAGAAAGUAGUGAAUCCUAAUAGGAAAGAUUGGAGUUAUGGACUUGGAAAUGCACUAUGGACUUACAGAACAACGUAUAAAACACCAAUUGGUAUACUUAGGAAACUACAAAUUCAAGAAUUAGAAGAAAUAAGAAACGAAGCCUAUGAAAACGCAAUAAUUUACAAAGAAAAGUCUAAAUUAUAUCAUUAUAAAUUGUUAGUUAAAAAAGAUGUUCAUGUUGGAGAUAAAGUUCUUCUUUACCAAUCUAGAUUAAUAUUAUUUCCAGGAAAAUUAAGGUCCAGAUGGAUGGUAGCUUAUGAAGUUACUAAUGUUUAUGAUCAUGGUGCAGUAGAAAUUAAAGAUUUAAAGGAUGGAAGGAUUUUCAAAGUAAAUGGUCAUCGACUCAAGCUAUUUUAUGAAGGAUUUGAUUGUCGUUGGAUUGAUAUUCAGAACUUAAAGAUUCCAGCUUACGAAGUCUAG